GUUCUACACAUUCCAUUUCUCCAUAGCAAUAGAAUGUAAACAUUCUAUUUUGUGCCAAGCAUUGCCUACAACUCAUUUCUAAGUGCAGCAUAUUGGACGACUCCACAGUAAUUGAUCAUUCGCGACUUUAACUUAUUCCUGUUAUCUCUAGAGCAUCUCGUAUAUCUAUAGCGCUGCAUUUCUUCACCAUCUUACCAUGGAUAGGGUUUGGUGCAUUCCGGAGUUCACUUAUGGUCCCACAAAGGAAUUUUGCAGAAGCAGCCUUUAUUUCCAGACUCUGCAGGCCUGCUGGGAGGAAACAUAUUACAAUAAACAGAAGAAGCUCAUGGUCCACUAUCUGCUGCUCCAGAGUCAAGGCCAGGUCCCGCACCAUGUCACCACGGAGCACAUGAGCGACUGGCUGGUGUCUCAGGGCAAAAAAUCCCUUAGGGAGAGGGUGUGGAAGGAAACCCUGGAGGAGGGGAAUGACCUCGCUCGGCUGACAUGGGAAGUCAACACUUGCCUAAAAAUGAUAGACAUAGAGCACGAGGCUGUCUGCAAGCUCCGCCGCUCCUUGCACUCCACCUCGCCAGCUGACAUCGACCCUAAGGUCCACAGCAUCGUGGAAAGAGCUGUAAGGAGCAUUAUGGGCGAGCUGUCCAAUGAGUCCCGUAGCAACCUGCUCAGCCCAUCCCAGGUGGUUGUGGAGGUGGUGCCAAGGCUCCUCCUGGCCCUGUGGAUUCAGCCAAAGGAAGGCCAUUCAGGGCACCCAAUCCUAGUAAGCGGGAUGGCCGUGGGCAUGGUGGCGGCCGUAGUGGAGAAGCUCUCCAGCAUGUUAAAGGCCCCUUCCCCUCAAAUCCCUUUCUCCCGCGCUGCGGCUUUUGAAUCUGUGUUGUCAACCCUCGGGAGAAUCAGUCAGUCCUUCUCCACGGAUGACCUCCAGAGCCCAUUUUAUAUGAGAUCUGUCUGUGCCUUUGUGUCUGACGAGGUACAGAGCUGCUUCCAGCACCCUGCAGCCACCUUUCCAGUCCUCCCUGUCGUCGCUGCGGCCAUCUCCACCGCACCUCCAGACAUCUUAUCAGGUGAGUAG